GUUGGACAUGCCAGAAUUAUCCUUCCGAAGGAUGAAUGCUAAAGACCGGAACGGUGACAUACAAAUGGUGGGCAAUACAUCGUUUAGGGUUGUACGCUGUCGCGGGCCGCUGUGUGGCCAAUCCCACGCGGUCGUCCGGAUUCAAUAUACGCGAUGUUCAGAACGGACCGGCUUCGCGAUCACUUCCAAAGUUUAACGAGCGCCGACUCAGCAACAUUCUGAGAGUGCGGAUGGAUAGUGCACGAAAACACGUACACGUAGUGCUGUAUGCCACUGCUUGUUGUACAUCCUCAGGCAUACAGGAUACAAUCUAGCCGACGCCCGUCAAGUCGAAAAGUGUGGAUUGGAAUUCCUGCAGAAGCUCAAGACUGUCGUUCAUGAUACUUAGGGUUAUCGCUUGUCCGUGCAGGCGGCACCGACCCGAUGCAUCACAGACCAGCUGCGCACGCGAUUGAGGAUAAGCACACUUGCAAUUGUAGUACUACUACUACUACACUUGCAAUUGUGGUUGGGACUUGGUCGAGUUUCGCUUUCUUUGCCCUGUGUCUCUGGUGCUUAGCCUACCUUGAUACUGUUACUUGCCCUACUGGAGCGCCUAGGGCAAACUCCGGUUUGCAAUACCACCUCAUGCGAAGAUGCCUCAGGCUAUAUCUGCGCGAAGGUAAGACGUACCGUGGGUUGGCUGGUCCUACCCCAACAUUACAGGCUAGAUAAAAGUAUCGUGUCGCAAUGCUGCUUCAAAAUUCGACGGUAUUAGAAAGACGGGCUUGAAUCUUGAAAGCUCCACCCGCGAUCUUGCCGCCACUGCAGCAUAUGACCUAC